AUGUGCAUAAUUAUUUUCAUAUUGGUCAACUGUUUUUGUCUUCUUCUUCUUCUUCUUCUUCUUCUUCUUCUUCCUUCCUUCCUUCAUUCAUUCAUUCAUACCUUCCUUCAGUCAUUCCUUCCUUCAUUCAAUUUUUCCUACCUUCAUUCCUUUCUUCAUUCCUUACUUCCAUCCUUCCUUCCUCUAUUCUUUCCUUUGCUUCUUCUUCCUUCAUUCCUUCCUUCAUUCAUUCAUUCCUUCAUUCUUGCCUUUCUCCCUUCCUACUUUCAUUCUUUUCUUCCUUCAUUCCUUCCUUUGCUUCUUUCAUCCUUCCUUCCUUCCUUCCUUCCUUCCUUCCUUCCUUCAUUCUUGCCUUCCUUCCUUCCUUCCUUGCUGUCUACUUUCAUUCUUUUCUACCUUCAUUCCUUACUUCCAUCCAUCCUUCCUUCAUUCUUUCCUUUCAUUCUUUUUUCCUUUAUUUAUUCCUUCAUUCCUUCAUUCUUGCCUUCCUUCAUUCUUACUUUCAUUCUUUCCUUCCUUCAUUCUUUUCUUCCUUCAUUCCUUCUUUCAUUCAUUCAUUCAUUCCUUAUUACAUCUUAUUCUCACCUUCUCUUUCUCUCACUCGCUCGCAUAUAUACAUAG